AUGGGACAGAGACAUAACAGACGUCGCACCCGCCCAAGUUCUCGGAACCGCAGCAUCAAGAUCGACUCGACCGAAUCAUCCGUGCCCUUUACGGCCUUCUGCAAUUCAUGUGUCCCCUUCGCAUACUCUGUGAGCAAGGCCAAGGCCACUCAUAGUUCAUUGGAUCGCUUUGCAGUACCCUCCGCCCAGACCUGGCUUCAUGGGUAUACGGCAUGGCAGAUGCGUGAACGCAAGUUGCGCAUGGAGGACGAGCAGUUUCGCCUAUUCGGUGGUGAACCCGGAGAUGAUGAAGAUCUCUGCUAUCGCAUGCUGGAGUACUUUGGUGGCCUCGAUUAUAUCGACUCACCAAGCUUAAUCAGACCGCUACCCGGGUGA